AUGCUGAAGGCCACAGCACUACUGAUGUGGAAUAUGCUGUGGAGCGUCAGCCCGGUGCCCGAGGGUCCAUGUUGGCUCUUUUCAUUCGUCCGUGGACAUUGGUUCGACUCGCCCACCACCGUCAUCCGCGAUCUGCACCGCCUGCUGGCCAUGGCACUCGUUCAUGCAUCGCUGACGACACACCACUGCCCGGUUGGCGACCUCCCUCGACCCACCAUUAUGUCUGUGCAUGAGACAUGGGCAACCCUGCUUGGGCAGUACGUGCCCUUCUUCCUCUACUUCUCCGCCCUGGGCGUAUUGCUCCCCCCGCACCUUCCUCGUUCCGUUGUCUGCAUGUUCUUCCCCCCCUCCCUCCCUUCACGUCCCUCCCUUCGCGUUGCUGAUUUCGUCCAUGAUCGCGCCUUUCCUUCCCUUCUGCCCUCCGCUCCCCGUGCCCUGUUCCCCGUUCCCUGCACCCCUCUCUCCCUCGCGUCUUCCUCGUUCCACGUAAUCUAUGCGUUCUUCCUCUCUUCUUCGUGUCCUUCCCUUCGCGUCCCCUCCCUAAUUUCAACGUGGAUACGAAUGAACUUGGGCACAGGGCCAAUGUCCUUGCUCGGCCACUCGACUGUCGAUAGCCCACACAUUCCAAAAUCAGCAAGCGCAACACCUGCAGCGUAUACGAGCGAAGCUGGACUAGAAGAGUUCUCAUGGGAGAAGCUGGGUGCGCUGUUGGAAGGGUGUGUUCUUGUGAGCAAGGCUGAUGUGCUUGAGGCUUUCAAGACCUCGACCUUGAACGUCCCACAUGUCCCGCCUACCGUUAACUUCCUCCUGGACCCGCAUGUGAAGAAGGCCUCUCCAAUCAUUGGUACUAUCGUCGGUCGUCAGUACGACUCCAGCCUUGUCUUGCCCCUGGUGUUAGAACUCGAAUGUUGA